AUGUCUUGGAUUCGUGACAAGGAGCUGUCAUUGAUUGAAAGGUUAUGUGCAAAUGUUUUAAAGGCUGGUCCGAUGCCUAAACAUGUUGCAUUUAUAAUGGAUGGAAAUCGCAGAUAUGCACAAAAAUGCCAUGUGGAGAGACAAGAGGGGCAUUCUCAGGGGUUUGAAAAGCUUGCAGAGACACUGCGUUGGUGUUUAAACCUUGGGAUUUGUGAAGUGACCGUUUAUGCCUUCAGCAUUGAGAAUUUUAAGCGCUCAAAGGAGGAGGUAGAAGGCUUGAUGGAACUGGCUCGUCAAAAAUUUACCCGUCUUCUGGAAGAAAAAGAUAAACUUCAGAAACAUGAAGUUUGUAUUCGAGUAUUGGGAGACUUGACUUUGCUGCCACUUGACAUCCAGAAACUUAUUGCUCAAGCUGUUCUGGAAACCAAGAACUAUUCGAAGUGUUUUUUGAAUGUUUGCUUCGCUUACACAUCCCGACAUGAGAUCAGCAAUGCAGUUCGAGAGGCAGCCUGGGGGGUCCAAGAGGGACUACUAGAUCCCAGUGAUGUUACUGAAAAUCUCCUGGACCAUUGUCUGUACACCUCACAUUCUCCAGAUCCAGAUCUCCUUAUACGCACAUCUGGUGAAGUUCGUCUCAGUGAUUUUCUAUUAUGGCAGACAUCACAUGCCUGUUUGGUGUUCCAGUCAGUCUUGUGGCCUGAAUACACUUUUUGGAACCUUUGCGAGGCUAUCUUGAGAUAUCAGUACAAUCACAAUGCCAUCCAGAAAGCAAGAGACCUGUACAGCAAGGAACUAGCUAGGCUUCAAAAUGAAAAUGACCUGGACUGGGUACAUAAGAAACUUUGGGGUGUAGAGCAUAGUGAUGAAGAGGAGAAGACAAAGGCUUAUCAGAGACUGCUACAACAGUGCAGAUCAGAGAGAGAAGAAAGGACACAUCAUUUUCUACAAGCACUGGAAAGGAAAAGAGGGGGAUUUCUACUGACACUAUGUUCCAGUUAA